AUGGAGAUUGUUAGUAGCUUAGCAACACGUGCAUCCAUGGUUUCAAAAUUCAUUUACAACCAUGUCUUUUUGCUAGCUUGGUUAAGGAAAAGAGAAGGUUGGACAGAAAUCAUCCGGCCUGGUGCAACACGGUUUGCCACUACUUUCAUUGCCUUGAAAAGUAUCUAUGAGCACAAGCAUGAUAUUCAAGCUUUGAUAACAAGUAAGACAUUUAUAGAAUCUAGAUACUACAAGGAUUCAAAGGCAAAGGAUGUGACAAUGAUUGUAUUGGACAAUCAAUUUUGGAAUAAUUGUAAAAUUGUUGUUGAAAUUGUAAAACCACUUGUGAGAUUGUUGAGAAUUGUUGAUUCUGAUGACCGGCCUUCACUUGGCUAUGUUUAUGACGGCAUGUACAGAGCAAAAAGAGCUAUAAAGAAUACUUUUAGGCACAAAAAAUCCUUGUACAAGCCUUACACAAGUAUUAUUAAGAGAAGGUGGGAUUCUCAACUUCGACAAAAUCUUCAUGCAGCAGCAUAUCUCUUUAAUCUUGCUUUCCUUUAUGAUAAGGAAAAUUUUUUUAGAAAGCCAGAGGUUAUGCAAGGAUAUCUUAAUGUGAUAGAUAGAAAAAUUUCUUCUAAUAAGACCAAGUUUUUGUUAGAAGGCACACAAUACCAAGAAAGAUGUGGAAGCUUUAGUCAUCCACUGGCUAUGAAAUCUGCAAAAACCAUGCGACCUGAUGAAUGGUGGAAGCAUUUUGGGAGCAGCUGUCCAAAUGUUAAAGACUUGGCUGUUAAGAUAUUAGGCCAAACUGCAUCUUCCUCGGGCUGUGAAAGGAACUGGAGUGUCUUUGAAAGAAUACACUCCAAGAAAAGGAAUAAGUUGGAGCAUGAAAGAUUGAAUGAUCUUGUCUAUAUUCAUUACAAUUUUCGAUUAAGGAAUAGAGUUGCUAACAAGAAGAAAGCUUUGGACCCUGUUGAUUAUGAAAGUAUUGAUCAAAUUGAUUAUUGGGUAAUGGAAGAAGAUGAUUGUUCUUUGCUCAAUAUUGAUAAUAUAGAACGAGAUCUCAUUUAUGAUGACACAGUGCUACCAAAAGCUAUCAUUCAUCAAGAGGAUGAGGAAGAUAAUGAGCAAAAAGGCAACGUGGCACAUGGUGAAGCUAUUGGUGGACUUGAUUUACAAUUAUUUUCUCAAGAGGAUGUUGAUAGCUUUAGUGAAGAUGUUGAUGCCUUUGAGCCUGCACAUGCUUGGAUUAACCAAGAUCCCCCAAUAUUUGAUAAGCCAUGA